AUUUGCAGAAAGAGAGCUCGAGAGCACUUGCGCGCUGCAGCAUCAGUACCAGGCUCAUCAAUCCUGCUUGCAGCCACCGCCUUCCAGGCAACCCUCUGCAAACUGCAACAAGGCUGCUCAGGGGUUAUUUUUUACUGGAUAGAAAUUACGAUUUGCAACAGUAGUAAUACAUUAUAUCACAUUUCCUACAAAAAUGGACCACGAACUCUUCACAGCGCCAAUGUGUUGAACCAAACGUUUUACAGUCCAAAUAUGAAUCAUGUAUCUGAUAUAUCUGCAACAUCUAUUUGCCAGCAUCCUUUUCUCUUGGUUCCAGCCAUUUGGUUUCGCGUCAACGGCAUCAUCUUGGCUUGAAAAUGACACCGUUCGGGACGCAGUAUCAACACCAGCAGUGGGAGAUGGUGCAGAGACAUACAACAGCAGCAACAGUAGCGAGCAUAAAGUUGAACGUGAAAUCACAUUCCCCUCCAGACUGAUAUAUUACCUUAACGAGGACUCAGAGAGCACCUACCAUAAUCUGAACACUCGGGCAAGAAAUCAACAAAAACAAAACCAGGCUGUACAUCUCGCCCAAGCAAGUUUUCAGCUAGAGGCCUUUGGCUCCAGAUUUACCCUGGACCUGUCAUUAAAUAAUGACCUGCUAUCUUCUGAUUAUGUGGAAAUCCAUUAUGAAAAGGGGAAACCAGUCUUGUCAAAGGGUGGGGAACACUGCUACUAUCAUGGUCAGAUCAGAGGGAACGACAUGUCCAACGUGGCUGUUUCGACCUGCAAUGGACUCCAUGGCAUGUUUGAUGAUGGUACCCACACGUACCUAAUUGAGCCAUUGCAGCAGAUACACCCACAAGAGAGCUCAGCGAGGCCUCACAUUAUAAGAAAGACACCGGGUGUCCAUUCUGUGGUGCAGUUAGAAGAUCUGGGGGACACAGAGAAGGCAGUGUCUCAGUUGGCUCUCUUUAAUGAUCUUUCUUGGCUGAGGAGAAGGAGGAAGCGAGCUGUGCCUCGUAAUGUUUUUGAAGAAAUGAAGUACCUUGAACUCAUGAUUGUCAGCGAUCACAGGACGUACAAGAGACACAAGACCAGACAACACACUAACAACUUUGCAAAAUCUGUGGUAAACCUUGUGGAUGCUGUGUUUAAAGAACAGCUCCACACCAGGGUGGUCCUGGUUGGUGUGGAAAUCUGGACGGACCGGGACCAAAUCCCUGUCGGCGAGAAGCCCAUGGAAAUGCUUCGGGAUUUCUCCAAGUACAGGCAGCACAGUAUAAGACAGCGUGCAGAUGCUGUUCACCUGUUCUCAAAUGUGACGUUUCACUAUGCAAGGAGUAGUAUAGCCUACUUUGGUGGGAUUUGUUCUGCGAGCCGUGGUGUAGGAGUGAAUGAGUAUGGUUCAACGUGGGCAAUGGCAGCUGCAUUAUCCCAGAGCUUGGCUCAGAACCUGGGGAUCCAGUGGGACCCGGCUUCAAGAAAAAAGGAGUGUGGGUGCACAGAGUCUUGGGUUGGAUGCAUCAUGGAAGAAACAGGAGUGCAACACACUCGGAAGUUUUCCAAAUGCAGCAUUUCAGAUUACAAGGAGUUUUUGCAAAAAGGUGGAGGAUCCUGCCUUUUUAACAGACCUACAAAGUUGUUUGAGGCGACAGAAUGUGGGAAUGGAUAUGUGGAGCCGGGGGAGGAAUGUGAUUGUGGUGUGAGAGUAGAAUGCUAUGGUGAUUGCUGUAAGAAAUGUUCUCUCUCCAAUGGAGCCCAUUGCAGUGAUGGGCCGUGCUGCAAUAACACUUGUCUUUUUUAUCCAAGGGGGUAUGACUGCCGUUACGCUGUCAAUGAUUGUGAUAUCACAGAAAUGUGCCCUGGGGACUCUGGUCAGUGCCCACCUAACCUUCAUAAGCAGGAUGGAUACCACUGCAACUCUAACCAGGGAAGAUGCUAUAACGGAGAGUGCAAAACAAGGGAUAACCAGUGCAGAUACAUAUGGGGAGCAAAGGCAGGUGGAUCUGACAAAUUUUGCUACGAGAAACUAAAUACAGAGGGAACAGAGAAGGGGAACUGUGGGAGAGAUGGAGACAAGUGGAUCCAGUGCAACAAACAUGAUGUUUUCUGUGGGUACCUUCUCUGUACAAGUAUUGGCCGGAUCCCGCGUGUUGGCUUUAUAAAAGGUGAUGUCACUCCAGCAUCCUUCAACCACCAGGGGAGACUUGUAGACUGUAGUGGAGGACAUGUCUUGUUGGAUGAUGAAACAGACCUAGGAUAUGUAGAGGACGGAACGCCCUGUGGCCCGUCCAUGAUGUGCCUCGAUAGAAAAUGCUUGCCGAUACCGUCCUUAAAUAUGAGCGCCUGUCCCAGUGGAUCAAACGGGCCGGUGUGCUCAGGACAUGGGGUCUGCAAUAAUGAAGCCACAUGCACAUGUGACCCAACCUGGGCUGGAACAGACUGCAGCAUCUAUGACCCGGUUAAGGAACCCCCGCCUAAUCCUGACGAUGGGCCUAAGGGUCCUAGCGCCACCAAUCUUAUAAUAGGUUCCAUCGCAGGCGCCAUCCUGGUGGCUGCCAUUGUCCUUGGGGGGACAGGAUGGGGGUUUAAAAAUGUCAAAAAGAGGAAGUACGACCCUAACGCAAGCGCUAUCUAGAAGCAUAUGGUUGUCCUCAACCCUGAAGCAGUGGAUUCUGGGUUUCAUGGACAUGUUGUAACAGCUGAACUGGAAUUCUUAUUGAUUAUUUUGGUGACGCUUUACUUAGAAAACUGUAGAAGACAAACUGAUAACUUCAUGGCAAAAGAAGAACAACAAUAACAACAAAAGAGUACAGACAUCCUUUGUGUUCAAGGGACUGUGCUACAAUGUAUGUACGUCGAGAUUCUGCAUUCUCAUAUCUAAUAGGCAUGACUUAUUUUAAAGACAUUAAAACUCCCAUGGCAUGAAGAUCUCUUUCCGAAGGUACCUGCAUGGCAAAAGCUGAGAAAAAAGAAAAAAGAAAAAGGAGAAAGCAUCACAAACAUGGUCAUUGACGUCUGGCGAAGCUCCUCCUUUUAAUAUCUUCAGCAGGGUUUCUCAUCCAAACUCAGGACCACCUUCUCAAAGUCAUCAGUGUGAAAUUGACUGCUAGAGACAAAUUUGCCUUUCUGGAUGCAGGGACUGAAAACAUAUACAGUAUAAAUAGUUAAAGAUUGUACAUAGGAACAAAAAACAGGAUUUCAACAUAUCAUUUUACACUGACAUAGAAUUAUUUUUUACUUUUUAGCAUGUUGUAUAGCGGGUGUUUUUGGGCUUGCUUAUGUGAUAAAAAAAAAUUAUAAUAAAGAACAUGGCUAUACAUUUUGACAGACCAAAACAAGAAAAACAUAAAUUUAAGCCUAUUUAAUGCUAUUUUUCACCCCCCCCCCCCCCCCCCCCCCAAAUAUGCAACAGGAAUCUAAAGCUAAAAAAAAUACCCACUGGUGACUGAAACCAAAGAAAAAUGCCCUUUGGGGCAUGUGAGGUACGAGGUCUGACAACACGGGAUGGUUUAUUUUUCAUUAUAUGUCCCCCUAUUAUUCUUUAUUUAGUGCUGUUCUUUAUUUCUUGCAGUAUGUGAAGGGCUUCAAACAAGAGUGUUUUAGGAAUUGUUCUUCCUAUAAUCAAUAUUUAAAUAUGUGUCAUACAUGAGAAGUCUAAAUAAUACCCCUGCGAUUCACUAAUUCAAUAAUGAAAAGCUGUCAUUAACACCCACUAUACUGGCUUUGCCUUCUAUACUAAUACAUUCUUACUAGAAAUGGCAAAUUAUGGCUCUUGCUGGUAUGCUGCAUGUGUCCACAAAAUUGGGCUUACUUUUCUGUAUGAAAGUCCAAAAUCCGCAAGAAUACGCUAAAAAAAAAAAAAAAAAAAAAAAAAAAAGCGAUAGGUGCAUGUCGACAACAAACAUUUAAGUUUUAUUUACUAUGCAAAAGAAGGUACUGCACAACAAUAAAAAGCUAAUAAAAGAAAAAUAUAGAAAAAAAGAAUAAUGGGUGAACUUUUAUAUGCUUAACCACUUAUACUUCAAUGUUUAAUUUCAGCUUUAAACUUUUAAAGAGGUUGAAUUGUUAAAUCCAAACGCACAGGGAAGCUGUUGUUUACAUCAUGAGGAGUGUGUCGUGUUAUUUCUUUCUGUUGUUUGACAGAUGUAUUCAUGUUAUUUGUUUUGCAAGUUACUGAUAUCAGAGGCUGAAAACACUACAGUGUUUUUUUAAAUCCUUCUCUGGUAAUAUUUUACAAUGGAACAACCUUUUAAGUCAAACCCAGAUAUCACAGAAUGUUGACAAAUCACUAUUUUUUUUUUUUUUUUUAUGAGGCCAUUAUGCUUUCUGUGUUAGCAUAAGAUGUUCAAAACGUCCCUGUUGGGUUUCAUUAUUAUGGAGUGCUCAGAGUACUCUGUUUCUAUGUCAACAUAGCUUCAUGUAAAAAAGGAAGGCAUUGAGUAAUAAAUAAUUAAAUUAUUUUA